GUUGUUAGGCCUAAGGGAUACGCUAGGUCUUGAAUAUAAUAGGGCAUAGGUUAAUGAUAAUGAAUAAGUCGUUGGACUCGGCAUGCCCUGAUGCAUCUGUAUCAUUUUCUAGAACAGAAGUUUCUUUAAAAUGUCUUAUGAAUUCAGUAUCAUGCAGGCUGUGCUCUGAGUUCAGCACAGAACUACACUCCCUGGGACAAUGUGAACAUCGAUUUUGUGGAUCAUGUGCUGAUGGCAACAUAGGAAAAUGCUGCCCAGUGUGCCGUAUGCCAUCACAUGUCACACAAGCUCGUGUUGAUAAGCAGCUGUCAAAUGUGGCUGUUUUAUGCACACAGGUGGCUCAACUGUUGCAAGGGAGAACUACUGUUGAACCAAAUCUGGAACUGAUUACCAAACCAAACAACAGCACCCCAAAACCAACUGGCUGUAAUCAAAAGGCUACGUACAAAGAUAGUCCCAGAGAAACUUCUGCUCAGCAGUGUAGUACUGUUUCAGAUGAGCAAGUGUCAAAUGUAACUCCAUCUGAACUUCACUUGAACCAGAAUGGCAAACAAAUAGUUGACAAAAGUAAAAAUAAGAGAGACACGAAAGCAAAACAUAAAACUGACAGUGCAGAUGAAUCUAAUAAGUUGGCUAAAUCUUGCAAUGAACUAGGUAUAAAAAACAGCAAAUUAGAUUUGAAAAGUUCCACUUUAAAUAGCAGUUUUAAGCUAAGUCCAUCAAGUAAAAAGCAAACAAACAAGAAAUCUUUUCUGACAAAGCGCAAUGCAAAGGGAGAAACACUUUUACAAGUUGCAACUAUUAAGGCUGAUAUAGUUGGAGUUAAGAAACUGUUGGAAGAUGGGGCUAAUCCUAAUGUAAGAGACAAUGCUGGAUGGACACCUUUGCAUGAAGCAGUAAAUCGUGGCAAUGUUGCCAUAGCUGAACUAUUAAUCAAACAUGGAGCAUCUGUCAAUGCUCCGGCUCUUCUCAAUGAAACGCCUCUACAUGACGCAGUAAGCAACAACCAUUUGGAGUGUGUGAAGCUUCUUGUUCUGAAUGGAGCCAAUGUUGUAGCAAGAAAUCAGCAUGGACAAACACCACUUGACCUGGUCAAGAUGGAUGAAAUGAGGGAAAUCCUUGUGUCCAGAAAAAAUGCCCCCGCUGCACUGAACAACUCUUCACAUGUAACAGAAGAAGAUCAUCAGUCUUUGUGCUUCACUGGGACUGCCCUAAGUAAAGACCAACAGGGCCUGUUAAAGAAAUGUGCCCUCCUCCUUCAUGCCAGACAAACUGACCACUUUUGCCAAGAAGUGACACAUCUAAUAACUGGAACCAAUGCUGAAGGACAGUGUCCAAGAACAAUGAAAUACCUGCAUACAGUCUUAGCUGGCAAAUGGGUUGUUGGAGUCCAGUGGCUUACAGAGUGUGUAGAUCAUAACAGUUGGGUAGCAGAGAGCACUUUUGAGUUGACUGGAUGUUGCACCAACCCUAACACACAGGCACCGCAAAAAUCUCGCACAAAUAGACUUAGUCAGCUUCCAGGCUUGUUUGAUGGCUGUCAGUUUUUUUUCCAUGGGAAAUUUCAGCCCCCUACACCAUCGCGGGAGGAACUGAUUGGUCUUGUGAAACUAGGAGGGGGAGUUGUACUGACUAGAGAGCCCAGGUUACAUAAUCUUGAUGAUUACCCAUACACCAUCCCAUAUCAUGUAGAUACUAACAGCUCGUUGGCACAUUGUGCUAUUUAUGUCAUAUACGAUGAUGCGUGCAGCAACCCACCAUACGUAGAGGCCCAGCGUAUGUCAUAUCUUCCAGCAUCCUGGCUCUUAGAUUCUAUUGCUACUUUCUCACUGCUUGAUAAAAAUUGUUACCUUAAACACUAAUUUGAUUUUAAAAACUGAGAUGUCUUUCUUCAUUUAUAAAUACAUGCUUUAAUGUAAACCAUUAUUGAAAUUUGAUUUUUUAAAAAUUUGUUUUUAUCGUACAAUAGAUCUUGUAACUGGUUUGUAAAGUUGAUACAGUGAAAGUUGUGGUGAUGUAAUGUGUAUGAAAGGUGUAUACAUGGGUAGGAAUGAAUGCAGAGGAUAGGUGAAGGUUGGGGUGAAAGUAGGCAGGUUGAUGUGGAACUGGGAAGGCAAUUGAGGAAAAUAAA